GUGAUAUGUGAUAUACUUUUCAAAUAUUUUGCUUGCGCAUUUAUAUAAUUAUUUAAAGUUAGUCAAGUUAUAUUUGUGUGAAAAAUGAUAAAAUGUACUUAAUUAUUUUGAAAAAUACUUUAAAAUGUCCACGUUUUUACCACAGUCUACGUUUCAAUUCCACUCUAGAAAUACACAAUCAAAUUCUAGAUCGAAUCCCACCAUAUUUCAGUUUGUGUAAAGAGUUUUUAGAUGAAAAUGAACUAGCCAUUAGCUUAGUAAAAAGUAUGACUGUAUAUAAUGAUUUUAUCAGCGGACAAGAAGAAAAAUCAGUGUUGGAUGAAAUUGAACCAUAUCUAAAAAGGAUGAGAUAUGAAUUUGACCAUUGGGAUGAUGCCAUUCAUGGGUAUAGAGAAACAGAGAGGUUACAUUGGAAUAAAGCAAAUAAUGAAAUAAUAGAUAGAGUGAGAAAUAUUGCUUUUCCACCAGCUACAGCUCAACUUAAGUAUGUACAUAUUUUAGAUUUAGAGAAAAAGGGAUAUAUCAAGCCACACAUAGAUGCAGUAAGGUUUUGUGGCGAUACCAUAGCAGGAGUAAGUCUUUUAAGCGAUAGCAUUAUGAGGUUGGUACAUGAUAAAAAGAAGAACUUAUAUGCUGACGUAUUCCUGAAGAGGCGAUCAUUGUAUAUAAUGAAGAACUGUGCCCGUUAUGACUACACACAUGAAAUUUUAAGUAACGAAAACAGUGUUUUUAAGGGUGAGAAAGUAUUAAAAGAUAGAAGAAUAUCUGUGAUAUGUAGAAAUGAACCAGAUACGAAAAAUAAAUAGUUAAUGUUGAA